AUUUUGGAAACCGGACCUUGAUUCUUCACACAUCCCGAUUAGUCCUUUGUUCCAUUUAGCACAAGGAAUUUCUUAAAACCCUAAACCCUAGAUCGAUAAACCCUAAACCGAGAAUGGAGAUCUGCACUUCUCGAACCAUCUCGAAUGUUCCCCACCACAUGCUCCUCACUUUGAACAACACUCAUCUCCUCCGACGGAAAUCUUCUCUCUCUCUCAAGCAGCCCUCAAUUUCUCGCACCAAUCCAGGAUUGCUCUAUUGCAGUCAUUCUUCUCUAAGAUCGACGACGUCUGAAGAAACAUCAAGUGGUGCUAGCCAAUAUGUUAGAGAAAAACCUGGAUUAGUAACAACGGAAGACGUCCAACCGGGUGAGAUGAAUGCAUAUGCAGAAAUGGCACCAGAAGAUGUGCCAACAGAAAAUUCUCUCUUGGAUGGGCAAGUGCAGGCAUCUCAGUUCCUAGACAAACUUGACAUAAAGUUGGACUCUGAUGAUACAUUUUCUGUUCUUCUAUUUGGUGGUGGUGCCCUGGUUUCUCUGUGGAUAGCAACACUCGUUGUUUCUGCCAUUGACUCUAUUCCAGUGUUUCCUAAAUUUUUGGAAGUUGUGGGUCUUGGCUACACAGUCUGGUUUAGCACCCGCUAUCUAAUCUUCAAGGUAAUCAUUGUAUGUGCUCUCAUUAUGUUUGAAGCAGAAUGUAAUGACCGAGCUGUAGGCAUCGCUGUUAAAAAAAAUGAACCCAUCAAGUGGGAAUUUAGUUACAUAAUGCCACUGCUACAUUAUUCCGGUUAAAGAUAAUGGCAUUCUCCUUAACCUCCUUAUUGCAAAGGGAAAUACUAAUCGGCUUAUCGGAAUGUUGCAGAAAAAUAGGGAGGAAUUGGUUGCCAAAAUUGAAGAGAUUAAGCAGCAGGUUCUAGGUUCAAAUGAUGAUUGACAUUGGACUCCUGGUGGAGCCUUUGUCCUGUUAAUGUAUGGUCUGCUGCAUUAAGACAGAUACAGAGUUAAAAACAUGUUUUCUACUACCGGCAGUUUUCAUGCCGGCUUGUGGAUGAAAAGGUUUUUUAUCUCUUGUGCUUUUUACAUUUGAGGAAGAUCAAUAUCUUUAUUUAGUUAUUUUGCUUUCCUUUA